AUGAACAUCGAGAGUUACUCAGGGAAUGCGCAGAUUCAAGCAGUUAACACCGAUACUUCCUGGAGACAAUUUGAACCUACUUGCAAAUUUCACCAGAUACAAGCAUGUCAUGAUGAAAUGGCAUUUCAAAACCUGAUGCGAGGAUUUUCUUACCCAGAAGAACCAGAAUUAAAAAGCCAAGUGUAUACUGACGCAAAAGACACCAACAUGAAGCAUGGUUCCUGUAAGGAGGAAAAUGUGAUGGAAGCUCACCUUCCAGUACGUAAAGACCAGCCUGUUCAUGAGUGUGUCAGAGGAUCCAGAAGUCCAGCUCUAACCUACUACAGCAGAGAGACGGUGGAACUCAUGGAAAAGUCACUGGCUAGAGACAUUACUGCCGACUCUGCGCUCAACCCUCAUCAACGUCAAAGCUUAUACAGAGAAAGUAUCUCCAGCAAUGAUGAGAACGCACUUGACAACGAUAGUAACUUUGACCCGCAUGAUCUGAGAGGAGGUUAUAAAGCAGAGAAGCCCGAGGUUUCUUCAAAAGGAAUACAGAAUUCUGGGGAGAAUCCCGAGAUGUCAGUCAGUCAGCAGGAGGCCACGGAGGAAGGCGAGGAAAGCCUGGCGAUUCCUUCGAGCUGGUCCCCCGCAGGCCUCUCCCGGAGCGGCGGGGCAUCUCAGGAGAACGGCGUGGUGACUGACAUGGAGCAGAGCUUUGCGAGCCUCGACCCUCUGGAGGAGGACAUGGCUUUAAAUGAAGUCCUGCAGAAACUAAAGCACACCAACAGGCAACAGGAAAUGCAGAUCCAAGACUUCCACCGCAGGAACCUGCAGUUAGAGGGCAAGGUUAGAGACCUACAGGUGAAGGUCACCAAACAGCAAGUGUUUGUUGACAUUAUAAAUAAGAUGAAGGAAAACAUUGAGGAAUUAAUUGAAAACAAAUACAACUUAAUUCUAGAGAGGAACGAUAUCAGCAAGAAAUUUCAGGAUUCACAAGACUCUUUAGCUAACAGCCAACACAGCCUUCAGGAAUGCAGGAAAGAGAUGGAAACCUUACAAUUACGUGUUAAAAAGGUGAAGGUCAGUUAUAUCCGUUUGCACGAAAGAUAUGUCAUGGAAAUGCAGCAGAAAACCCGAUCUGUAAAUGAGCGUGCAGAGAUGGAGAAGCUCUUGAGCAAGCGAGGUGAGGAGCUGGAAAGGCUGCAGCGGCGCAACCGAGAGCUGGAGAAGACCUCGGCUUCUGCCUCGGAACUGCUGGAAAGGGAAAAAGAGACCCGAGAACAAGAAUUCUUGUCUUUUCAGGAAGAGCUUCAGAAACACGAGAAGGAAAGCCUGAAAGAAAGACGAAAAUUGAAAUCGAGAGUUGAGAAAUUGAUUAUUCAAGUUAAAAAUGUCCUGCUCACUUGUGAAAAUGAAAGGGCUCAGAAUUCCAAACUGCAGCAGCAGAUCGCGGAGCUGACCAGCGAGAACUGCGCCCUUCAGCAGCAGGUGGCCAAGAGCCAGCAGCGCGGCGCCCCGAGCCUGGGCACGCAGCCAAAGGAGCCUUCAGAGGGAGGGAUGGUGGAGCCAGGCAGUGCCCAGGGUUUAAAGACAACACGUUCUAGCUUGUUCCUAAAUCGCUCAUCUUACGAUGAAGAAAGCCUGGAUCCCCCAGCUGUGAAGAGGACCUUUCCACGGGCCUCUGAAGUGCACAACCUUCUUGCUCUGAUGGUGGGACUUCUCAUGUGUCAGGAUAGCAGCAGUCCUGACUCUGAACACGACAGAGCAAGCAAGAAAGCUGCCGACACAGCGUUGCUCCAACUCAAGAGCUUUCAGCUGAAAAAGAAGGAUUUAGAUAAAGAGCUAUUGAAACAUAAAAACAGAAUUGCAACCCUUAAAGAGCUGAUUGCCAGUGAGAAAGCAUUUUGCAAUCACAUCGCUGAGGUCACCGAUUUGGAAGCAGAUGAUGCUGGGAAUGUCCAAGAUGUGCCUCUCGUGUUGACAGCCAGGCUGGAGACGUACCACAGUCUGAAUGAGGAGCUUGAUUUCUUGAUCACAAAGCUGGGAAGCCUGCUGGAGUGCAAAGAAGAGCACUGCGACAAACUCAUUGACGAAAACGACCAGUUUCACCGCCGCGUGGGCAGCUUGCUGAACAAGGUAACAUCAUAUGAAGAAAUUAUCGAAUGUGCUGACCAAAGACUUGAGAUAUCCCAUUCUCAGAUUGCACAUUUGGAAGAAAGAAACAAACAUUUGGAAGAUUUACUUAGAAUGCCCAGAGAGAAAACCAGAAAACCAAGACCCUCUGCCUCCGCGGCUCUGAAGCCUUGAUCGAUCUGCUCACAUUGCACAUUCAGAUGAUGGACAAGCCUCAGACCGCCUCCGCAUCAGUCCAG